AGUUGUUUAAAAGAUCGCGAUAGAGCCGCACGCAACGCGCUUUCACACCCGGCCGAGUAGCUUGGCUGUACCAGAAGUGUUUUACCGUACGGCAUAGAGUGGUGGUUAGUUUUACACGUUGAUUUCCUCGCCUUUACUGCGGCGAACCAGUGGCUCAAAAUCUGUGGUGGCGUACAGGCCGGGUGAAGAAAGGCAAGCCUGCCCUGUAUGAUCCGGGUGUAACGUGGCUGUGGGCGACUUUUGGGCGAACGCUACAUUGUGCUGCGGAUCCGCUGCAGAUCCUUGAUUAACGUCGUUCCUGGCUACCUGUGCCUCACCCGUCUCAGUGAAGUGACAACAACUGCCGGCUGGUGAGGAUGAAGACCCAAAUCCAUACGAUCAGCGGUCCGAACGAUGGUUCGUACGACAACGCAGCCCUCAGCUGCUCAACGAUCGACAUAUCGACGCACAAUGGCGAACCGCACGGUGGUUUACGCGGUUCGAACGAGUUUAUUCUGUCCGACAGUGGGAAGAAGGUUACGGGCGAUGAUCAGGCAGGGCAACUACAUCUUUGGCUCCAGCGAAAGGCUAAAAGUGCCUUCUCCGAGAAGAUGAUCAAAAAACGUUUGCCCAUUCUACGAUGGCUACCGCAGUACAACUCCACGGAUGCGAUCGGGGAUUUAGUGGCGGGAAUAACCGUCGGCCUGACGGUAAUACCGCAAGCGCUUGCCUACGCCGGUAUUGCCGGGGUUCCCGCAGCGUACGGACUUUACGGAUCGUUCCUCGGUUGCAUCGUGUACAUAGUGUUCGGUAGCUGCAAGGAUGUACCGAUGGGACCGACCGCCAUAGCUUCGCUGCUCACUUUCCAAACGGCCGGAGGAAACGUUGGAAAAGCCAUACUGCUGUGCUUCCUUUCGGGCGUGGUGGAGCUGAUGAUGGGCAUACUGGGGCUCGGAUUUUUGGUCGAUUUUGUGUCCGGACCGGUCUCGUCGGGCUUUACCUCAGCCGUUUCGUUGAUUAUCGUUACGUCGCAGGUGAAGGACGUGCUGGGCAUCUCGGCCAAAGGCACGACGUUCAUCGAGAUUUGGCGAAACAUUUUCAACGACAUCCAUAACGUGCAGGUCUGGGACACGUUCCUCGGACUCACCUGUAUCGCUGUGCUGCUGAUCAUGAGAAUUAUUGCCGGACUGAAAGUGGGACCGGCGGACGAUGAGCUUAAAUCGAAGAACCAUCGGAUCAUAAACAAAGUGAUGUGGUUGAUCGGUACCUCCAGGAAUGCGAUCCUCGUAGUGGUGUGCGGCGCCAUCGGUUACACUUUCCAAUCGUCCGCCGCGGCACCGUUCAAACUGAUCGGAGACAUCCCGCCGGGUUUGCCCACGCUUAUGGCUCCACCGUUUUCCCUUACGGCAAACGAAACCAUGAGCGGCCAGGCAGAAUCGUUUAUGGAUAUGGUAUCGAGCCUUGGUUCGGGACUGAUCGUUGUUCCACUGAUUGCGCUAAUGGAGAACAUUGCGAUCUGCAAAGCGUUCUCGAAUGGAAAGCCUGUUGAUGCCACACAGGAGCUGAUCGCCAUCGGGCUUGCUAACAUAGCCAACUCGUUCGUGCAAGGAUUCCCCGGUACGGGUUCGCUGAGCCGCAGUGCGGUCAACAAUGCUUCCGGCGUGCGUACACCGAUGGGCAACAUCUAUACGAUGGGACUGGUGGUUCUGUCCCUGCUGUUCUUCACGCCAUACUUUUCCUACAUUCCGAAGGCAUCCUUGGCGGCCGUCAUUAUAGCGGCAGUUGUGUUUAUGGUGGAGGUAAAGGUAGUGAAACCCAUGUGGAGGACCAAAAAAAGUGAUCUGAUUCCUGGCCUAGGAACGUUCAUCGCCUGUUUGGCACUGCCGCUGGAAAUGGGCAUCCUGUUUGGGGUGGGAUUGAACGUCGUGUUUAUUCUGUACCAUGCCGCUCGACCAAAGAUUUCCGUUGAACGUUUAACGAGUCCUGGCGGUGCCGAAUAUCUGAUCAUCACUCCCGAUCGGUGUCUGAUCUUCCCCUCGGUCGAUUACGUUCGCAAUCUGGUAACGAAACAAUCGAUUCGCCAGUCACUACCGGUAGUGAUCGACUGUUCGCACGUGUACGGAGCCGACUUUACUGCCGCCACCGUAAUCGACAGCAUAACGCAAGACUUUGCCCGUCGUGAUCAGCCAUUGUUUUUCUACAACCUUAAACCGAGUGUUUGCGCAAUUUUCGAAGGCUUGUCGCCGGCCGAUUUUGUGGUGUACUAUCGCGAAGAGCAUCUGGACGAUCUGCUAAAGCAGCGUGCCUAUAAACCAAAGGAAGUGAUUAGCGCCUAGUGCCGUGCGUCACGGCAUGGGAAAGACAGCGCGAUGCGAGUAACCCAUUACUGUCAACUAUUGCGAACAGUAUUAAGCAAAUUGAAACAAUAAGUACGUGCCAGAUUGCCGGACGAUGCGCUGCGUUCCACCAUUCCCAACUAUUCCUACUGCACAGUUCGUGAGCUCGCUUCUGUUGGGAUGUUAUUAUUAUUUUGUCUUCGGCCAACGAAACCGAGUUUGAAAAAUGUUGUCAAACCUUAACAAAUGUUUCGAAAGCCACGUAAAUGUAUCAAUUUUCUGCGAAGAUUCAAACGAAUGUGUAGGUAUACCUACGACGUAGGUAUUAUUUAAGAGCACGCAAACGAACGUAACUGGAAGCGGCAAUAACAUUAUUAUUUAAUUACUAGUAUCACGAAAGAGUUCCAAGAAUGGUUAGAGUUUAGCUGUAAGGGCACACAUGUUUUAGUAUGGCCUAAUAACAUUUAAACAACAAAUUGGCGUCCAACGAAGAAAUGUACUUUACCGAUGAUUUAAAGUACCUUGCCCGCCCCGCGAAUCUGAAAGUAAAUAAAUUAAUGGAAAA